AUGGAAAACAGUACUAACCCUCCUUAUUUUAACCUCACCGUGUUUGUGAACAUGGGCAACUACCGCUAUCUUACAUUUGUCCUGUGUCUCCUGUUGUAUGCUUCCAUUAUCUCAGCUAAUCUUGUCAUAAUAGUGGUGAUAUCACAAGAGAAAACUUUACAUGAGCCCAUGUAUAUUUUUAUUAUGUGCCUUUCUAUUAACUCUCUGUAUGGCUCUGCUGGCUUCUUCUUCAGAUUUCUGGCAGACCUUCUGUCUGAUACUCAUUUGAUCCCACGACCAGCUUGUUUAAUUCAGAUCUAUGUCAUUUACACCUAUGCAUCCUUUGAGCUCACCCUUUUAGGCAUUACAGCCUACGAUCGGUAUGUUGCUGUCUGUCAGCCUUUACAUUACCACAGCAAAAUGACCUCUAAGAUGGUCUCUAAGUUGGUUGCCUUUGCAUGCAUCUACCCACUCCUUUCUGUUGCAGUCUGUGUUUACAUGGCCUCCAGACUUCCACUGUGUGGCAAUAAGAUACCUAAGGUAUACUGUGCCAACUGGCCUGUUGUAAAAUUGUCAUGUGUCUCUACUGUCAUUAACAACCUUGUUGGCAUGAUUGUGUCUGUAACCACAGUUUUUCUCCCCCUGGCUUUUGUUUUGUACACAUAUGCACGAAUUUUUCUCAUUUGUAGGAAACGCUCCUCAGAGUUCAAGAGCAAAGUCAUACAAAGCUGUCUGCCCCACAUUAUUACAUUUGUCAAUUAUUCCAUUACUGUGUUUUGUGAUGUUGCUCUCAGCAGAAUUAAUCUUGAAGAGAUUAAUCCAUUUCUAGCAGUAAUUUUAUCACUUGAGUUUGUUGUGAUUCCUCCCAUUGUGAAUCCUCUUGUGUAUGGCCUGAAGCUACCAGAAAUUAGAAAAUGUAUUUCAAGUAUGUUAUCAUGCUCAAAAUUUGACCAACAACCUAUGUAA